UACUCAGUGGUUAUCGUUUUAUUCAUUUUAAAGUUUUUCUAUUAUAUUCUAUUUGUUAGUACACAAAAGCACAACUGCUGCAUUUAGCCAUGUAGUUAACGAUUACAGAUAAAUUACGAUAACAGUUUAGCUAUCUUAAAGCUAUUGAACAUGUUAAUAGCCUUGAUAACAUGUUAUUAUAUAGUUCAUUGGUUAAAUCAUAGAGUAAAUGGUUAAACUCUUCAAACACGUGCUAUUAGGCAGUGUUUUCAAUUGAUAAAAGGUUUGGUAUUGCCAACUAUAUUCUUAUUAGCUCAUUGAUAUAAUAUUAUGUUGUGGCGGGUUUCGCGCCACAUUUCUUCUUCCUGCUGCGCCUCGUCGUCGGCGUUCAGCAGUCAUCGUCCACAGCUCCUCUCGUCUCGACGUGACCACCUCUCCGUACCGACGCCGUAUGCGAAGCAUUGUGUCCGACUCCGAAUAAUUAUUAUGUAUAAUUGUUUUUCUUAACUAAUGUUGUUUUUAAUUGUUGCGUGCUCGCCUUUCCUCCGUCAAAAGCCGUCUGCUGGCGAUCACUUGUAUUAUGUCUUUAUGUUGUAAAUAAACGUUUCUUUAUUACCUUAUCGUAAAAUUCGUGUCUUGGUGUAACGCGCCAAAAUGCCAAUGAAAUAGCCGUAGGUAUAGGUAUUUGAGUUUUUAAAUUCAAAUAGGGAAGUUAGAGUCUAUUUGUAAUUUUUAAAAUAUAUUUUUUGUAAUAUUUAUUUGCACUUUCAAUCAAUAAAAAUAUUUACUGAUAUUUAUAAUAUAAAAUAGAUUAUAGAUAUAGAUUACAGUUUUUAAUUUAUUGGUAACACUAUGUACGGAAUGUUAUGUUAUCACUUAAUCAUAUUUGAUAAUCACAAUUCGCAAUUACAACUUAGAUCAUAUACAUCAUAUAUGAUCUAAAAAUUACACUGAGUGUUUGUUAGUUAUUGUCCAACUUUUAUAGUACCAACUAUUAAGCAUGAUAAAAUCUAUUUUGUCAUGGUAUUAAGUAUAUAAGGAUUUCUAUCAUAGUUUGUAUUAAUCAUCGUAAAAUAGGCCCGGAAAACCAAACACGGACUGAUAUGAAAAAGAAAUCGAUAAUAUCUAUCUACAGACAUUAACGGAUUUCUUGAACAAGUAUUGGUUGUGUACCUAUAUUUUAAACGAAAUUUUAAAUAAUCUAAACGAAGUACAUUGCCACAGUUGUGAGUCGUAAGUCAGUCGUUGAAAAUUUUGAUACUGAAUAAACGUUUUCCAACUGAUUAUGGAGGACUUCGACGAUAUAGAUAAUGAUUUAGACAAUUUGGUGGAUUAUUAUUCAGACAAAGACAAUGAUGAAAACGUAAAGCAGCAGGAACAUAAUAAGAAUGAAGAACAAAGUGAAAAAAGAUCCGUUCCUGUAAAGGUCAGAGUGAGAAAACCUCAGCCUAAAUUAAAUGCUGAAAGGUGAAUAUUAUUUUAUUGCAAAAAGAUUAAAUAAAAUUGGUACUUAUUUUAUUAUUUUUAUUAUUAUUACAUACCUAUAAAACUACAAUAUUAUUGAGUUUGAUCACAAUAUGAAAAACAAGUAUUUUAAGUAUUUGAGUGUUGAAAGUAGGCCAUAAUUUUCCUUGAUUAACUGUGUUCAAGAUAGGUAACAGUAUUAAUUAAAUUUUUAAGUAUUUAUAUUGUUUACAAAUACCUAUAUUUAAUAUUUAAAUGAACUGAUACAGGAAAUGAUUAGUUUUAUUCAAUGUAUAUUAUAAUAAAUAAUUUUUAUGUGUCUGAAAUCCAUUUAAAUUCCAUAUGCAAUAUUUUUACUCAAUGACUUGUGUAGGUUAUGGGUAUCGCUGGGGUAAAAAUUAAAAAUUACCCAAUUAACUAAAAUUUGCUUCAUCCAUUAUUAGGGGGAAUUAUGGUGGUGUAUUUUAGUCUAUUUAGAUCUAAAAGCCAGACUAAAUUAGUGUUGUUGCUUCUAUUUUUUUUUUACACACAUUUUUAUGCAGGCCAUAAACCCUGUUUAGAAUUUUCAAUACAUCAAGAUUAAAAUAAUCUACAUAUUUCCCCAUAAGUCUAUGAAACCAUUCAAUAAAACAUGAAAUAAUCAGUAACUAUGUUGUAAGCGAUCUACUAUAAUCUGCGUAAUCUACAUAAUAUAUAGCACACUAGUGUCAUAAGUGAUCCACCAAAAGCCAUUUACAAAUAGUUUAUUAAAAUUACAAAUUUACAACAUUAUAAUUUUUUUGAAAGUAUUGCCAGCAUUUCUUUUUUACUAACUCAUAUGCCAUGGUGGUUGCUGUUGUGACAUUAAAAGAAAUCUCUUGAUGCUUUCCUAUUAGAGCAAUAUUUCUGGUAGAAAAUAUAAGCUGUAAAAUUUAAAAUAAUGAAAUUGUAGUAAUGCCUUAAAUUUGUCAAUUUUAAUUUUUUUACAUCAGGCUCCUUAAAGUAUUUUGAUUUUUACAUUUGAUAAAGAAAAUUAAAAUUAUAAAAAUAAUGACUACAUAUCCUAGUAAAGAACAUAAAGAAUCAUAAUUAAUUUUCAAAAUUGAAAUUUGUCAUUUAUAAACCUUACAGUUUUUUCUGGCUUUUCGAUCUAAAACAUUAGAUUUUUCUAUAAAAAAAAAAUCGCACCACUUCCUCUUAAGUGGAUGUCAAAUAGUACAUAAGCGGGAAAGCCCAACAAGUCUUAUUAUUAGGGUGGUAAUUUAAAUAUAAAAUAAAUUUUCAAAUUGUAUAAAAGUGGAAAAAUUAAGAAAAUUGCCACCAAAAAUCUGAAAUUUGUUACCAAUUACUAAGCCCAUCUUAACACAUAUAUUUAGUUAGAAAUGUUAUUAAUAAAAGAAUUAUAAUUUUCUAUUAUUAGUAUUUUAUAAUUUUUCAUUGUAUCUUUAAAAUGUAAAUUGACUUUCUAUUAUUUAUGUUAAUUUUAGAUUAAGAGGACCUCGUGGGUUAUCUGUACUUCCAAAAUGGUUUGAGGCUAUUCAACUGAAAGGUAAACACCAUGAAUCAGAAGAUCUUAAUGUUGUCAUAAAUCGUCUCGAACAAUGGACACAUCGAUUAUUUCCCAAGUACACAUUUGAUGAUGCCAUCGCUAAGUUAGAGAAAUUGGGUUCUAAGAAUGAUGUGAAAGUAAUAAUAAAGCGAAUUAGGUUGGGUCUAGACGAUAUUGUAACACAAACUGAAGAAGAUAUAGUUGAACCACUAGCACCACCCACACAGGAUGAUGUAUUUGAUCGAAUUGCUAACACUGUUGAUAUAUUUCCAGUAACAUCUACUCCAAAUGUUAGGAAUACUGGACUAACUGAAGAACAAAGACAGAGAAUGAUGCGUAACCGAAUGUUGGCUGAAGAAAGGCGACAAGCUAAGAUUAAAGCUCGUCAACAGCAAGAACUCAAUGCGUCCCAUACUACUGUUUCUACUAUUACUACUAUUAUUGAUUCUAGUUAGAUACUGAUUUUAAUACAUUAUUUUUUAUAACCCUUAUCAUAAGAAAGUAAAAAUGUUUUUUUUAUUAUCAUAACUAUGUACAUAUAUAUAUAUAACUAAACUAAUUAUUUAGAAGUUUA